AAAUCUUCGUGUUGUGUCGUACACAUUAGAAUAAAUAGAGUUUUCGGAAAAACCAUGCGAAUGUGCCUUGGAUGAUCCACGUCUCACCGCCAAGUGGAUUUUUUUUGAACUACGGUUUGCCAAGGUACUUCAGCCAUUUAUCCCGGUCGUUGGAGGAAACCAACUCCAAUACAAUUCCAAUUGUACCCUUCCAAGAAGACCGUUAAUUCAAAUUUCAAAACCCUUUACCAUGUUCCUCCAAUUUGAUGCCAAACGCUCCCAAUAAGCAAACAAACCAGACGGAUUAAUAGUAGUACCCAGAGGGAAAAAAAACCCAAAACCCCAAAUCAAGAAGCCAUGAAAUCGCUACUUCUGACCUCACCAUCCUCUGUAAACUCCACCACAACCACCGCAUCCACCGCCUCCGCCACCACCACCACCACCACCGCCUCCACCGACAUGUCGAACGACCAAUCCGAAACCCGAGACAGCUGUUACUUCCCCAAAUGCCGAAAAGACGCCAACUGCAACUGCGAAAUGUGCUUAGCAAGCAUCAACGCCACUCUUGACCUCAUGCCCAAAAGCUCCCUAACAAAAAAUUCCAUCUCCAAACGGGUCCCUACUCCAAGAAGCCCCAUUUCGUUUAACCCUUCGGUUAUGUCCACACCCAAACCGAGUAAUAACCCGGUUGCGGUAUCCCCUCCCGUUAUUUAUUCGCCGAGAAUAGGUUUUCGUGGCAAGAGUAAGAGGAAGAAGAGGGGUUUGGGAUGUGGGUUUGUGUUAAUGAGCUUGGUUUUGCGUAUGAGCUUGGUUUUCUUGGCGGAGAGUGGGUUCUCUUGGGCGGUGUUUAGGGUUUUGAAGCCGGGUCUGUCGCCGGAAAUCGUGAGGAAUUUUGGGGAGAAAUCGUGGGUUUUGGAAGAUGUACAUGAGAAAGUUGAAUUCUUGCAUAGAGAAAUCAAGAGCUUGGUAAAUGGGAAUACAGAAGAUUGUAGCUCUGAUGAGUCUCUGUGGAAAAUUAAUCGGGAUGAUUUGCUGUUGAAUUCGUGGUGUACAUUGUACAAGUCCACUACAGAGGAGGUGAGCAUAUGGGGAUGGCCUUUGCAGACUGCAGGCUUGCUCACUGCCGGAUUUUCUUCGCGAUCAUUGACAAUCUUAUCCGGAAGAGUCACAGAGUGGUCUGAUGGGAAGCUCAGCUAUUCCACUAGGAACGCCAGCGAAACCUGGGUACAGCAGAGAUGGAGUGCUUCUGUUGUGCAGUUGGAUCCAAAUACAUGGAUACUUGAAUAUAGGAGGACUGCAGCUGUGGAGAAUUCAAGAAUCGUAUCAGCAGUGCUGGAGUUUUUGAAGUUCAGACUGUCAAGAGAGGUUAAGAGGAUGAAGCAAGAGUUCUGGCUGUUUCCUGCAUUCGGAAACCAGUACGAUGACUUCAUGAGAGACAGCUUCAAAGUACCAACAUGAGAAGACAUAACUAAUUUGGAUCCUCCUCUUAUUGUCUAUUGAGCAUGUAGUUAGAUUCUCAAACGUCGGGAGAAGUUUUGACUGUCUUUUCCAUUUUUUGGCUGGUACGGUUAGUUCUGAUUUGAAUUAGUCUGGUCUGUUCUCAGGUCGAGAACAUGGUUUAGGAGCUAACAGCUUAAAGAUAUCUCCUGUUGUGACUGGUUCAAUCAAUGUGUAUAUGCUGGUUACAUGGUGCAAUUUCAUCAUGUAGUCGUGACUCAUGACUAUUGUAGUACUUCUUCUUUC